AUGUAUGACCAGGCUCCCCGUCUGCUCAGAUUGGCUGAAGGUGGCAGCACUGAGGAGCAUGUGGGUCCUGGAUCCUACCAGGUACUUACCUUGAAGCGGCCGGCAACAGGUGGCUGUGCACCAUUUCUUUCUUCAAGUACCAGAGAAAGUACUUUUACUAUUGCUUCUGACACUGAAAAAGCUGUUCCAGGUCCAGGGCACUAUAAUGUUUCAGAAGCUCAGUAUAAUAUAAAAGGAGGCCGUAGUCUACAAAACCGAGAGAAACGUUUUAAGAAGUUUAUUUCAGACAAUCCGGGACCUGCAAGCUAUGAUCAGUCUUAUCCUAGAACGUUAAAGAUCCUGAACAGAAAAGGACUAGAAACUAAAAAAAUUUCAAGAGCACCUACAAUUAACAAAAGUAUUGAUGUUCCUUCAAUUCCUUCUUGUGGACAGUCAUAUGGUUAUAAUAUUAAUGAGGAUGGAAGUAUUAUAAAACGUUUUCCACCUGCUAGUGACCCCACACUUGGGCCAGCAUACUACAAACCUCAAUUUGGUGUUUCCAAUGCAACUUUGAAAUACAAAGGCAUACAUUUUGGCAACUCUACAGGAAGACUAGAGUUCCCUAAAGUGUCUGGUCCUGGCCCUGGAGAGUAUGAUAUAAUCCAGGAAAAGACAUUAUAUUGUGAAAAUAUUAAUAUCAAGAAAGAUCAACAGGAAAAUUAUUGUUCAUUUAUCCCAAGAUUUUAUGAAGUAAUAAUGUUGCAGGAGGAAAAAAAGGGAGUACCAGGGCCUGGAAGAUAUGACAUUAAAAGUCAAUUUCAGAAGACUGAAAGUGUGACGCCGAGUGUAAAUGAUACAUCCCCUGCUUUUCUUUCUCAAUCCCAGAGAUUUGUACCUGUUAAAUCAAUCACCCCAGCUCCUGGCACAUAUAAUGAAAUUAGAACAGCUCUCAAGUACUCAAAGAAAACAUCAGUACAGAAACACACCCCAUUUGGUCAAAGAGCUGCCCGAUUCAUAGAGGACUGCAAGGCAGCGGAAAUGCCAGGUCCUGGGUUUUAUAAUAUCCGAAACAAAACUGUAAUCACCAAUGUCAGCUUAGAGAAAAAAAAGAAAAGUGCAUUUGGUUCUUCUGUCCCUAGAACCUCGUUACUGGUUCAGGAAAAUGCUUGCACUACUCCUGGGCCUUCUCAUUACCAGGUUUGUGGACUUUUUGAUGCAUUACCUAACUUGACUAGCCAAUAUGCUGCCUUCUUAUCAAGAACAGAAAGAAUUACUAAAGUAUUAGAUACGGUUAUUCCAGCACCAGGCAGCUAUGAUGUUCAAAAAUCAUAUGAGAUGUCUCAACUUAAGCAUAAAUACAUGCCACCUCGUAAUUUGGUGGCUAAAAGAAAACAUGCCUCAUUUCUUAGUGCAACUCCUCGGUGCCUGGAUAAAACGAUUGAUGGCCCAGGGCCUGCAGCAUACAAUCCUGUUUUAAGGAAAUCUUGCCCCAUACCCUUAUUUGUUAAAGCAUCAAAGAGGUUUGAAGAUACCAAGGAGAUUACUCCUGGCCCAGCAUCAUAUGAGCUCAGUCCAUUUAUAAGACAUUCUGUCCUGAAGAGAACAUUCAAUGUUACUCUGCUAAAUUCUUUCCUGACUAAGAGAGAAAAUUCUCCUACUACAGAACAAAAAGCCAAAAAAAGAACAACCAGGAGGCAAAUAGAAGCUUCUAAUGGUGAGUGUGCCUAUACUCACUGA